UUGUAACAAAUUUAAUAAGUUAUUGUUGAAUAAUAAUAAUUGGGUCUCAACUGCUUAAAAAAAAAGCCCAAGCACUUAAAAACAUACCCAGCUAUUGUUUUUAGUAAUAAAUUAAAGUUUAUUUAGUUUUAAAAAAUCUUAUGAAUGUAAUAUCACAAAUCAGCAGGCACUGCAAUUUACCUAGCCACCCCAGUGGAGCUCAGCCUGUUACCUAGCAACCCCAGUGGAGCUCAGCCUGUUACCUAGCAACUCCAGUGGAGCUCCUGCGCAUUUCAUCAGCUGGUUUUACCACUGCAAUCUGGCUGCUGGAAGAGACAAUUGUUUUGUUGAUGACUUACCAUCUGGAGACUACUUUCUGCAUUCUUGAUGGCUGUGCAGGAGGCUCCACUUCUGCUUUUCGGAGAUGUAUGGUUGUAUAAUUGUGCAUCUGUUUGCAGCUAGUUUGACGUGCGAGUAUAAACGUUGAGUUGGCCAGCAGCAGCUUAUUUGGAUUUAAAGUGACAAGAUACCCUAAAACAACUCAGUCUGAAAGGAUCUCAAAAUAGGCAGAACUGACUAGACUAAAUCUAAGGAUGAUUUUGUCCAAAUCAUUUACUGAACGUAUUUUGUAUUGCCCAUAGACUGAUCCAAACAUGUUCAAGAAAGCAUAAGUCACCUUAUAAGCAGCUUUUUCACUGACAGAUCCAGAAACAUCAAAAGGUUUUUCAUUUGCGUUGCUCAUGUAGAACUGACUUAAAUUUUGUUUCUGCACAGCUACAGUCUCCCUUCAGACACGCAGAUCCACGGAUCUCUGUUAUCCAGAACAAAAACGUUGUUCCUGUGUGACCCGACCCUGAAAAAAUGCGUGCUGAGUGUCGGUUCUGUUGCCAGCAGAAAAAAACCUACCUACACACUCAGGAUGACGGCUGUGUGUUUUGGACUGUAUUCAGCUCUUUACUCAGUUCACAUGAGAAGGAUUUGUUCUUCAAGAAAAAAAAACAUUCAGAUCCGAUCACCUCCCCUAUGUCGACAUGUUCCUUAAACUACUGAAUUUCUGUUUAUUUUGAAAGAGAAUCAGAUUAUAGCUGCUCUGUUCAAACACUGAAAGAAAUGCAAACAGAAGAAAUCAUGUCAAACAGAAUCUGACAUUUUUUAUGUUUAAACUAAACAUUACAUUCAUUUUGGAAUAUUCAAAUCCAAACUGUACUGUUGAUAAAUUAUUAUUAACCAUUCAUACACAAUAAUUCAAAGUUCCUUAGGCAAGUCAACUUUAUUUAUGUAGCAUCUUAUGUAGCAACUAUAACUUAACAUACUUAAAGAUAAAACACAUCAAAACAGAUUGAGAUUAAAAAGAUUUAACUAUCAAAUUAAAUGAAGUAAAAAAAAAAAACACAGUAGGGAGCAGCGUGAGAUUGUAUUUAAUCAGGAAAGAUGUUUAGUAUUUUAUACUUUAGGGAGAUUAUGUAGCAAUUAGUAAUAAAAUAAAAGUGGCCCGAGAUUGGCGCCAUGAGGAACUCCACAUUUUAUUCUUUUUUGGUCACAUUAGCAACUGGUCCCAGCCGGCAACGUAAAAUCUCACACUUUUCUAGUCUGGAUCAGUUUGAAGUGGGUCACCGUUGAAAAGUGAGAUGAACGGAUAGUGAUGCCUGAAAUGUUGGAUAAAUCUUUCUCCACAGUGAAGGGUUUUAAUCAUGAGUGUGGAUGAAGAUUCCCGCUGGCUGGAGUGGGUAAAAAAACAGUUUGAGACCAUCGCUGGAGACGACAAAGAAAUCGACAUCGAUGAGUUUAAAACUGCACUCAAAGUCAAAGAGUCUUUCUUUGCCGAGCGUUUCUUUGCUCUGUUCGACUCGGAUGGCAGCGGGUCCAUCAGUCUGGACGAGCUGCUCAAAGCUCUGAACCUCCUCAUCCACGGCGACGAGACUGACAAGCUGCGCUUCCUGUUCCAGGUCUACGACGUCGACGGCAGCGGUUCGAUCGACCCGGACGAGCUGAGAACGGUUCUGAAGUCGUGUCUGCAGGAGAGCGCCAUCUCUCUGCCAGAAGAGAAACUGGACGACCUGACGCUGGUUCUGUUCGAGUCCGCCGACAAAGACAGCAGCGGCUCCAUCACCUUCGAAGAACUGAAAGCUGAGCUGGAGAACUUUCCGGAGGUGAUGGAGAAUCUGACCAUCAGCGCCGCUAACUGGCUGAAACCGCCGGAUCAGGAGCAGAAGAAGUCUCAGACGCCCCGGUACCUGACCCGAGCCUACUGGCAGAACAACAGCCGGAAGCUCCUGUUCCUGUGCGGCUACGUUCUGCUCAACCUGAUGCUCUUCGUCGCUGCCAUGUUGUACCACCGCAAAGGUGGCGGCUGGUUCAUGCUGGCCAAGGGCUGCGGCCAGUGUCUGAACUUCAACUGCACCUUCGUGAUGGUUUUGAUGCUGCGCCGCUGUCUGACGUGGCUCCGGGCCACCUGGGUCGUUAGAAUCCUUCCUCUGGACCAGAACAUCCUGCUGCAUCAGAUCGUCGGCUACGCCAUCCUCUUCUUCACACUAGUGCACACAGCGGCACACGUCAUCAACUUUGCCCAGAAGUCGCAAAGCGGGGGGUUCAGUCUGUGGGAGUACCUGCUGACCACCAGGCCGGGGAUCGGCUGGGUAAAAGGGACGGCGUCGCUGACCGGGGUCAUCCUACAGCUGCUGAUCUGCCUCAUGGUGUUCUGCUCCAGCACCUUCGUCCGUCGCAGCGGACACUUCGAGGUGUUCUAUUGGACUCACCUGUCCUACAUCUGGGUCUGGAUCCUCCUCAUCAUUCAUUGUGCAAACUUCUGGAAGUGGUUUGUGGUUCCAGGCUUCGUCUUCCUGCUGGAGAAGAUCGUGGGAAUCGCCGUGUCUCGUAUCGGAGGCCUUUACAUCGUAGAAGUCAACCUGCUGCCGUCCAAGGUGACUCACCUGGUGAUCAGGCGUCCCCAGUUCUUCCAGUUUAAACCUGGAGAUUACAUCUACAUCAACAUCCCUGUGAUCGCCAAGUACGAGUGGCACCCGUUCACCAUCAGCAGCGCCCCCGAGCAGCCAGACACCAUGUGGCUACAUGUGCGCUCCAUGGGCCAGUGGACCAACCGGCUGUACGAAUACUUCAGGCAGCCGGAGAGCCAGGCGGUUUGUCCCAAGCGGCUGGCCACCAGUCUGAGGAAGCGGCACCAGGAGAAGAGGCAGCAGACGAACCAGAUGUUCCUCUCCUCAGAGUCACAGAAAGCCGUGGCUUCGAACCAGGAUGACACCAUCAAGCUGACGAUGUUCCGGCAGAACGGGUCGCAGUCCGGAUCGGCUUCGGACCCAGAGACUCAGGUUUCUGCCAAGUCUGGUGAGAAUCACCGAUUCUGCAACAUAAAGUGUUACGUAGACGGACCGUACGGAACUCCGACCCGGCAGAUCUUCGCCUCGGAACACGCUGUGCUAAUCGGAGCAGGAAUAGGAAUCACACCUUUCGCCUCCAUCUUGCAAAGCAUCAUGUACCGGUACCGCAUGAGAAAGCACACCUAUCCCAACUGUAGCUCCACAGGGUGUGAAAACGUUAAAGACAGCGACAUGAGGCUGCGUAAAGUCGACUUCAUCUGGAUCAAUAGAGACCAGAAGUCCUUUGAAUGGUUCGUUAGUCUGCUGACAAAGCUGGAGAUGGAGCAGGCCGACGGGGAGCCGGAGGGCCAGUUCCUGGAGAUGCACAUGUACAUGACCUCAGCGCUCAGCAAGAACGACAUGAAGGCCAUCGGCCUGCAGAUGGCGCUCGACCUUCUGGCCAAGAAAGAGGAGAAAGACUCCAUCACAGGCCUGAGGACCAGAACUCAGCCAGGCCGACCCAAAUGGGAGAAGGUUUUCCAGAAACUGUCCGAGGAAAACAAAGGAAAAGUUCACGUGUUUUACUGCGGCGCUCCGGCUCUGGCUAAAGUCAUCAAAGCUCAGUGUGAACACUUCGGCUUCAACUUCUACAAGGAAAACUUCUGACGACGUCUCUGUUCAUUUGGUUUUAUAUUUCUAUGAGGACAAAACCUGACAUGGUGGGACUGCAGUUUGCUAAAGGAAGCAAACUGCAGUCCCACUAAAAAUUUAAGACUUAUCUAGACUUAGAGUUAAGUUUUAGUUAGAUUUAAUGUAGGGAUUCGGUUAUGAUGCUUACUGUAAAUGGAAUGUCUCUGUUUGUAUCCCAAAAUAUAAAUCAUAAUUGUUCAAAAUCAAAAUUUAUUUUCUAUUUGAAAAAAAUAAUAAAAACCAUGAGCCAUAAA